GGACCGUUUCCAAGCAUGGGAGACAGGCUGCCGGAGCCUCACGCCAGCUCUUCCCCUGCUGUGGCUGCCAGCUCAGAGGCGGAAGAAAUCGAGGUGCUGGACUCCGAGGAUGUCCUACCUAUGGCCGCAGAGGAUCACUGGAAAGCCCUAUUUGAUCAGAGAGCUAGCUGUUCCUGCAGGCAGGCACUAAAGGGAGAGGAAAGCAGCUGGGAUGAAGCCCAAGUGAGGAAGCAGGCUGAAAUGUUCGAUCCCGACAACACCGGCUACAUCAGCACCGAGAAGUUUCGCUCCCUUCUCCAGAGACACGGCUCGGAGCUGGACCCCCACAAGCUGGAGGUCCUGCUGGCCCUGGCAGACAGCAACUCUGAGGGGAGGAUCUGCUACCAGGACUUCGUCAACCUGAUGAGCAACAAAAGGUCGAAUAGUUUCCGCCAAGCCAUCCUUCAGGGGAACAGGAGGCUGUGCAGCAAGGCACUGCUGGAGGAAACGGGGCUGAGCCUUUCACAGAGGCUGAUCCGGCAUGUUGCGUAUGAAACCCUGCCACGAGAGAUAGACCGCAAGUGGUACUAUGACAGCUAUACCUGCUGCCCUCCACCCUGGUUCAUGAUUACCAUUACUAUUGUAGAGGUUGCCUUUUUUCUUUACAACGGAGUGGUAUUAGACAGAUUUGUGCUGCAAGUCAGCCAUCCCUUAUACCUGAAGAACGCAUUACUUUACCAUCCUCAGCUCCGUGCUCAGGCUUGGAGGUACCUAACCUACAUAUUCAUGCAUGCAGGGAUAGAACACCUUGGACUCAAUGUUGUCCUUCAGCUUUUGGUUGGGAUUCCCCUGGAAAUGGUGCAUGGAGCUGCGAGGAUCAGUUUUGUGUACAUUGCUGGAGUUGUGGCAGGGUCCCUGGCAGUGUCAGUAGCUGAUAUGACUGCGCCUGUGGUGGGCUCCUCUGGAGGCGUGUAUGCUCUUGUCUCAGCUCACUUGGCCAAUAUAGUCAUGAACUGGUCAGGAAUGAAGUGCCAAUUCAAACUGCUGCGCAUGGCUGUUGCCUUGAUCUGUAUGAGCUUUGAAUUUGGAAGAGCCGUGUGGCUGCGAUUCCACCCCUCCGCUUACCCACCAUGCCCACACCCCAGCUUCAUGGCUCAUCUGGGAGGGGUGAUGGUUGGAAUCACCCUUGGUGUCAUCAUCCUGAGGAACUAUGAGCAGAGACUCCAAGACCAGACUUUAUGGUGGAUCUUCCUUUCUAUUUAUGUCAUUUUUGUCUUGUUUGCCAUCUUCUGGAACAUUUUUGCCUACAGCCUGUUGGAUCUAAAGCUACCUCCCCCUCCUUGAAAACAUGGGACAAAAAACUUCAGAGCGGAAGUCAUCUGUCAGCUAUGUUAAAUGAAUGAAGAUGGAGCAUCUAUUUUUAUAUUUAACUUUGGGAAGGAUGAUUCUUUGGAACACAAGUGUGUGCUGGAGGAGAUGCUUAAAGAUCUCACAAAAGAAUGGGCUGAUCAGUUUGUUCACAAAUCUAGCAGGUACUGUAAUACUGGCUGGCCUGGACCCUGCAGUUUCUCCACUGCCAGGGCUCCCGUUGGGCAGCUUGUACCUGGGCACUUAUCACUUGGUUUGUUAGCACACAUCAAUAUUUUGUAUGAGAUAUUUGUAUUUUCCAGGUCAGUGCUGGAAUUAUGGCCAGUUGUUGAAUGAAUCUCCUCAAUGUUACUGAACACUAAAAGGGAAAAAGAGCAGACAUUUACUAAUUAGAGACUCGCAUGGUACUCGCAAGGCAGCUUGGGUUUGGUUUCUAUGGACACAUCUGACUGUUCAGCCAUACCAGUGCCACUGUCUAAUUACUUGAAUGGUUCCUAAGAUAUUUUAGCCUACGGUGAAACCUGUCUUAUGCACCUUUCAAAGGAAUCAGCAGAACUUGAUCACCCAAAGUGAUGGAGACUGGUCUUCAACUACAGGUCAAAUGAAAUUGCACUAUAAACCUUGGGAACUCUUAGAGUGUUGUGGAUACCCAGCCAGAGGUGACUUUUACUGUGCAUGUUUCACUUGAUUUUAAUUUUUUUUUUUUUCCCCAGCCUGCUGUGGCUAGAGGGUGUGGCUGGGGUUUCUUUUUUGAAGGAUGGAGAAAAGGAGGGCAAAUGUUCAAUUGUGUUCUUAUCAGCUGACAAUCAAGUGCUGUUUUUUUCUCACUUUAUUUCUGGCCACAUAGAUCUAACACCUGGCCUGCAGUGAGCUCCUAGCAAGGAUCUCAACUCUUCCAGCAGGUUCUUAUUAGAAAAGUGGGAGAGAAUCACCUAUAGCAGCGCAGGGCAGGAACUAUCUAGUCUUUAUAGCCAUACAGUCCAUCUGGGGCCAAAUCUGUCCACUGAAGUCAGUGGAGUUAAAUCAGGUUGUGUGUAACACUGGUUUCCCACUGAAAUGGAAAGGGUGUUACUGUGUUACAGUGAUCAUUGUGAAACAGAUAAAACUGUUUUUAAAGUGACUGCUAAAUUUUGAGGAUGCCUUUUCCUGAGGCAAUGGAUGUUCUGGGGGCUGCAAGAAACAGUUAGUUGCAAUGAUGCCUUUUUCUUUAACAUUAGUCAAGCCCGGGUUUUGGCAAUCUGUAACUGGUCUGCAGCACAGUCUGUACAGUUGCCUGCACGGACCUGGAGACCAGACUGGAACAUCCGUAGCACAAGCAGUGCUUAUAGGUACACUUCUCUCUGAGGUGCUUAUGUUAUUUUGCUUCUCACUUUAGAGAGCUGCCAAACUACAGUCCAGGAAUGUGGAUGCCCUCCUUUUCUCUCCCCUUUACCCCCCUAGUUUGAUGGCCUGGAUAAAGCAGCCAUAGGAGUCUCUCUAGACUAGCUCCUUUCUUCAUUUUUCCUAGCUGCAUACUGGCGCCCACGCACCAGCCACCAGAGCCUUCCACAGCACAUCUAAUGGGCACUGUAGCAGUCGGGUUUGCUCUGUAGCAAAAUGUCUCUGUAUCGUGGGCUUUAUUGUCUCAGCUGUGUAAUCGGUGCUGCCAGAUGAUACCACAAACUGGUAGGAGUCUGUCAUUCUAGAGGGGACAUUCACGAGUGCUUAUCAGCUGCCCCCUUCUUUGCCUCUUAUGGGAAAAAUCUCUCUGGUCUGGAAGGGUGAAGUUCUGCUCCCACAGUAUGCACUAGUAAAAAUCCUGUUGCCUCAGGGAAAGGGAGAGCGGAGAAAAUAAGUGUUUCUACAGCCUGGAAUAAGCCUUACCUGCAAAAGAAACAAUUUUUGCCACCUUUGUGCACAGGAAUGGGAUCUCUGAGGGCAGCUGCGCCUUUGUUGUUCUGUACGGCUAGCACAUUGCUCAUGGGCCCUCAGAUCAAGGAACAAGAGGAAGGGUUAAGGGUCAGAGCUCUGGUCAUUUUGGAAAAGGGGAUUGGUUCCCCAUGCCAUUUUACCUCUGCAAUUUUGGUCUAGAUCAAAGCAGUCAUGAGAGUUUACAUGCAUUGUUUCAGGUGCUGACCCAGUGAGUUUCGUAGCAGUGGAGAUCAUCUCCCUGGGAAGCAGCAGGCAAGCAGGAGAGCGGGGAGCUAGGAGAAUACUGACAGAAGCAUGGUUAACACGUAAGGAGGACAUUCCUUUCCUCACUUAUCGCUAAGCCUUUCUGAUUACAGAUGCCUUUAAAACAGAGGUGAGCAGAAAUGGGAGUUCUCCUGGAAGUUUUAGGAAAACUUUGAAAAUUUUGUUUAAAAAAUUCAAUCACAACAAAACCCAGAUUAUUUUGCCUAUAAUUUACAAGAGUACAGUAUGCACUGAUUGACUUCUAUUUUUGGUUUCUCAACUGAAAGCUACUUAAUGCCCAUCAGUUUCUCCUCAGGAAAGGUUUCCGUGCCUGCCAGUGAUGUGCUCUGGGGUGAAGCAGCAAGCCACAAGUUCAAGGGCCACCAGUUUCUUCAUCAGCCUGACCCUGGCUAACAUAUCUUUGCCUCUGCUCAGGAGUAGGAGGGAGUUGAACAGAAUAAUCCAGGCACCCUUCUUUGGUCCUUUAUGUAUAGAUGAACAUAGUUUACAUGAACUGGUUGAAAACAGCUCUGAGGUUGAGCUUAUGACUUGUUCUUGUAAACUGUUGUUCAUCUUUCUGACUUCAUUCUGUGUCCCCAUACCCUGUCACUUGAGCAAGUCUACAAGCAACCCUGGGGAUCCAAAGGGCCAGACUUUAAAGCAGUACUAGAUUUAUUGUGGGUGAAGAAAUGAAACCCUCUCACAUUCCUGCUCAUCAGAGCUGAAAUCUCUCCCCAUACAUAGAGCAGGUUGUACACGGAGCCUGUUGUCUGCUAAGAAUCUAUCAGCUCAUGGAGUCAGGAGCAGCUCAAAGUGCUUAAGCUUUCAUAAUUUUAUUUUUUUUAAUCAUUAAAAUUACACUGUGAAAACUUGUUAUGUUUUUACAGAGUAUCAGGAAAUCUAGUUAUGUUAUUUUCUAAUGCAUCCAGGAGUGCCACAGUGCUGCAGCACCAGAGAGCUAAUAGCAACCAGGUUUUUCUUUUACCUCCAGAUGUCCUUGAAGCUGCUGGCUUAUGUUGGAGAUAUAAUAUUCUCCAUCCUGCUCAUUUGUGGUUCUUACUUGUCACAGUCAGUAACAUGUUCCUGAAGGAGCUGUCCACCGAGGGACUGGUUUGGGUGAUUUGUUUUGGUUUUAUUUCAGCUGCUGCCAGGAUUUUACAGAUUUGAACAGUGCACAUUAGAGGAAGUUAUUUUAUGCUUGUGUCCUUGAGUGAGGACACACCACCUGGAACAAAAAAAGCCGUUUCUGUGCUGGACUUCCUAUUUAGUAAGUACAUUGCAGCACUGGUCCAGUGAGGAUAGGUGUAGGGAGUAGUCAUGCAGACCGGGCUGAUUGUAGAGCCCCUUCAGGGACACCUGCCAGCAGCAUGGUGACAGCACGGACGGGAUCCGGCCCCGAGCCUCUUGCUGAUCCCUCAUCCCAGAGGAGAGACGCAAGAAGUGGCUCAGGCAGCCGUGGGGAGGAAGAAGGAGGAGGAGAACCAGGUAGAUUAAAGUCCAUGGGGCUUGCAGAUUGCACCUUUUAUUCCUACAUGCUUGGAGACAGGUAGAGAUUAAUUUUGCACACAUCAGUAAUAUAGGAAGGAGGAGUGGGAAGGUUGUAAUGGAGUGAUGGGAGAGGAGGUUACCAGGACCAAUCUCUGAGUGAGGUGUAGAGGAGUUGUAAAAAUGCUGAUGAAUUCACUUUUGCUGAGUUCUUAAGACAACAGCUCAUAUCACUUUUUCCCCAUCAGUCGAUGAGGAAUCUUAGCACUUACGUGGCAUACUGUGAUUCUUCACUACUUGCUCCAUUAGCAGUAGGAAGUAUUUUAUCAAAGGGGAAGGGGGAGGCCAGAGAAAUUAUUGUUGUCUGAGGUUGCUGGACUAGAAAUAAAGCUCAGGGACUCUGUGUCCCAAGACCUCGCUCCUUCUGAUGGAUUGUACUGCCCAUAUGUUUUAAAUCAGAUUAGAUCAAUUUGAACUGGGGUAUGAAGGAUGGAGUCUGACACAUUUAGAGCUGGUACUAAAAUAACAGCUAUCUGCUGACCUCACAAGACAGCUACUGUUUUGUGCCAAUAUUUAGUCUCACAGGAUCGUGGGUAGGACUUUCACACAUACUUCAGUGAGUAAAGAGCUCAAAGUCUAUCUGUUUACAUAGACUCAAGCUCAGCUCAAUUGCUUUGGAAACCCCAUCCACUGGCUUUACCUGAAGUGGAACUGGAGAAUAUAGAUGCAGUUCAACACCAGCAGCCUCUGGAGGCAAACUGGGAUCUAGAGAACAAAGGCCAGCACCUCUGGGGUUUUAGCCUCUGAAUAUUGCCACUGUUCUGUCUCUUAUAGUAGUGGCUGCUCCACAGUGCUCUGUGAUACGACUCAAAAAUUCCUUCUGCAAUCACUGAUGCUGAGAGCUGUUUAUAAAGGAAAACAGCGCAUUUUGUAGCUCUAUAAAGAAAGAAUCACACAUAAGACCGAAACCAAGCAUGUUUAAAGGUAAAUGUAUUUUUAAUGUCACCAUUAAUCAUUGGCUUUUAAUUGGAAAAAGCUUUCUAAUGUGGUAUUUCUGAAAUGCCAGUAGCAGUACAGAAAAUCUAUGUUUCAGGGUACUUCACAACACAGAGCACAAAAUAUUCCCUAGGUCUGAUUUAAGUAGCAAAAGUACCUUAAUCUCCAGUGAGCUUAAUAGAUACGUUAGUCACUGACUGUCUCCUGACUCCCCCACAGUGUCUGUUUGGUUUGCAAAUAAAGCUAGAUUUAUGCAGCUUUUCUUUUGCUUACACUACUAAUGCUAAAAACACAUCCAAGUGUUAAACACAAAGCACUAAACAAUGUAAUUUUCUGCCUUAAAAUAUUGAACAAAUGAUACUUUCCCGUUAAGGGCUAGUAAAACAAAAUGAUAUUUGCAAGGUAAGAUGCUAUGGUAUGUUUCCAAAUAUUUUUGUAUUGUGUACAUUCUGUAUAUUUUUGUUGUAACAAUAUUAUUUGAGCACAGAAUCCAUUAAAUUUUUUUUGUUGG